AGUGAGGAUCCGUUUCGCGGACGAAUACACACAGGAAAUGGGAAACAUUAGUAAUUUACUUUAUCAUGUGUUAAUAAGAUUUGAGUUGCUUUCAAGAAAUCGGUACACAAAUUAGGGAUUAUGAAGUGAGGCCCAUGAAUAUGGAACUUGAUCAAGCGCAGUGUGGGCACCUACAUGUUGACUUAAGUCUCAACACCGGGAUAUAGUCCAUCAGUAAUAGGUGCGGCCAUGUUGACCUAUAGCAGAAAACUUUUGGAAUAAUUUUGGCCACAAUAAUUGUUCAGGUAACAUAAUGCCGAAAUGUGAUAGCUGUACGAAGUAUACUCCGGCCACAUUUGCCUGGAUAUUGCUCUUGGGCGCAACUACUCUCUUCUUCUAUUUUCCGUGCCAAAAGUAUUACCUGUUCCAAUUUCCAUGGGUUCCUGCAUACCAAGGAGUUAUUACACUGUUUGUAAUUACCAAUUUCACGCUGGCAACCUUCAUGGAUCCAGGUGUCAUACCAAAAGCUUCCCCAGAAGAGGACAGGGAGGAUGACUUUAGAGCACCUCUAUACAAAAAUGUUGAAAUAAAUGGGAUUACUGUUCGCAUGAAGUGGUGUGUCACCUGUCAGUUUUAUCGUCCACCACGGUGCUCUCACUGUAGUGUGUGCAAUGUUUGUGUUGAGACCUUUGAUCAUCACUGCCCAUGGGUGAACAAUUGCAUUGGAAGAAGAAACUAUCGUUUCUUCUUUAUGUUUCUUAUAUCUCUCAGCAUGCAUAUGACAAGUAUAUUUGCUUUGUGUUUAAUAUACGUUUUGAAAAACAAGGAGAAGCUAACUGAAGUUCACACUGUUAUAUCGUUUGGCAGUAAAAUUACAGUAGAACCCAUAAAUUUGCUGUGUACUGGAAACAAACUGUACUGUAUGAGCCAUAUCAGUCAGUGCCAUCCAGAGAUAUCUAAAAAAAGGCCUUUCUUCACUCAAUGCCUGCUGAAGACAGACAAAUAUGCAGGGAAGCCGAGACAUUACCCCACUUCUACAUCAGCCAUUUCAACAAUUACAAAUGAGAACCAGGUAAAAACCUACAUGGAUAACAGCAAUGGGGUUAGAAAUGCCAGUUCCAAUGCUUAUAAUAAGUUGUCGCCAGGACGAGGUGAAGGUUCUGACACAGACAUGGAGCCCACAGCAUCACAGUCACAGGAUUGUGAACCUACACCACCUCUGCAAAGGCAUGGUUCAAAAAAUAACUUUUUCCUGCCUCCUGUUGACACUGGAGAAUCACCAAGGAAACCAAGCCAUUUGCAGCAACAGGUUCAGCAGCAGCAGCAGCAGCAACAACAACAACAACAACAACAACAUAGAGGACCCUAUAGUCGUGGAAGUCCUCAUCCAAGACCAAGAGGGAUGGAGGUGUCCCAGUCACGAAGUCAUACACCUGACCCAUUGUCACCAGAGCAGCAACCAUCACAAUCACCUGCUGUUAGACCACAGGGUCCUAGUCCUACAAUGCAGCAGCGAAUUAAAGCGAUUGGUGUACCCACUCCGCUGGCAAUGUCAAGUCCAGUCCGCAGGUCCAACCCAGGCACUCCCACACAGCCACGACGACCAGAUUUUAUUGGAGUUGGGGGAAUGGGGACGCCGUCAUCCACAUACUAUGAAUUUCAGCAACAGCCCUCACAAAUCAGUGCUGUCCAUACACAUCACAGCGUACAGCCUCAUCCAGCAUCUAGAGUUGCGCCGCCAACGUCAAGUUAUGGAAGUCCACAGCGUCGAUUCCUGUCGGAAAGUGAGCUUGUUCGGCAAGGUGGAUCUGGUGGUGAUCUCGCAUAUGCACGCUCAAAUAACACAGCAGAUAACAUACGAGAAUUAGCUGGCUCUCCACAAAGGGGAGUUUAUACGUGGAAGGACACUUCUCCUGGUGCUUAUGGGUCCAAUGGAAAUGGAAUUGGAGCAGCAUCAUCACAUCAUCAUCAGCCGUUGCCUUCUCAGCAUCAAAGGAGUGCUGGGUACGAGUAUUAUCGCUCAAACCCAACAAGUCCUACGCAGCAGCAGCAGCAACAACAGCAGCAGCAGCAGCAGCAAAUGUAUAGUCAGCGUCCUCCAGCUUCCUAUUACCCCCCAGUGCGUGGUGGUGUCCCUGUGUACCCUCCUCCACAAUCUCCACAGAUUAAACGAAAGACAAUGGUAACCCCUACCACCCCAACAGCGGCAGUUUCUUCUUGUGAUGGACGACGACCCAGUCCGGGCUCAAGGAGACCCAUGUCAUUUGUGCGAGCGUUAGAGAUGUCCGAUUCAAUAGAGCUGACUUCAGCUUCCCCAGGUACUCCUCGUUCCGAGCAUAGGCUAGUAACUGUUAGUGGCCCAGUGAGUGGGACCUCAUCUUCAGUUCUUCAAGACACUCAUCGAAGUUCAACGCCAACUCCAGACCGUGCUAGUGUUUAUGAUAUGAAUUAUGAAAUUUCUGUAUAGGGAAGGCUUGGCCCAGGUGGUAUACAGGUGUGCGGUUAUCUUAGAAAUCGAACGUUACCACACAACAAACAAGCAACCUACAACUACUUACGAGGGGCCAGGACUUUCCCUUUGUCAAGAAGGGGUUAUAGAUUACCAUAUUGAAAGAUCAUUUCAUUUUGAGGUACUAGCUUGUAUCCCUGACAACCAGUAAUCUUGUGAUGCCUCUACCAAGUGAAAGAGGACAAAUUUCUAAUGAAAUGAAGAAAAUAAACAUUAAUUUUUUACAAAUUAAUGAUGAUUGCAUUAACGUGUAGUUACUGUAUUGUUAAAGACUUACAGACACAUUUUGUUUUUGUUAAGUGCCAUAAAUUAUAAAUAGUUGAUAUCAUCACACAACAUAACUGAUUGUUGCUACUGCAAUAUUGCAAGUUAUCCUGUUAAUCCAUAAUUUAUAUAGAUCUUUACACUAUAUUCCCCAUGUCCCAAAAUUUGUCAUACUUAUAUAACUGAAAUAGCCUUCAAACUAUAUUUCUUAUAAUUAUUAUUAUUUUCUUUUUUAAUUUGUGAUUUUGUAUUAUCUGUUAAUAUCAGUAUACUGAAUCUGCAAGUUUACAAUAUAGACUUGUGUGCUGAAUUAAAAAAAAAAAAAAGAGAAAGAAAUAACUAUGUUUUGGAGAUGUUUGUGUUGUACUUAAUGUGUCUGAAGACCAAAUCUUAAUUAGCAAUGGUUCAUGAGCUCUUGAGUUACUGUGUCAUAGCACGUCUGUGCAUACUGUGUGUGCUCCUUCCUUCUUUUUUGUGUUAUGAAGUACAUGAGAUGCGUGUUUUAUAAAAGAUUCCUUAUGUAAAUUUAUUUAUCCUUCAUAUAUUUUUCUUUAUAUCUGUGUAAUUGCCGUCAUUGGAAUCUUUAUAUUCAGGAAAUUAAAAGAUAGAGAAAAGAGCAGCU